CCCUCCUCUACGGCCCGUUCAAAAAGAGGCCGAGAAAGUCCAGAAAAAGGCCCGUUCAAAGAGGGAGAGCCCAACAAAGCCGCCCGCAGAUCACAGCCGUCCGCACUAGGGUUUCACUCGGGUAUAUUAUAAUUCGUCCCCGUCCCCGCCUCCAAAACCUGAGACGCGCAAACGCCAACCUCCUCCCCCUCCGGCCCCCCUCGCGCCCCAGCCGCCGCCGCCGUCGCCGCCGCCGACUGCAGCCAUGUCGCUGAUCGCGGGUGAGGAGUUCCAGCACAUCCUGCGUGUGCUCAACACCAACGUCGACGGUAAGCAGAAGAUCAUGUUCGCGCUCACCUCCAUCAAGGGUGUGGGCCGCCGCUUCUCCAACAUCGUCUGCAAGAAGGCCGACGUCGACAUGAACAAGAGGGCCGGAGAGCUUUCCGCGGAGGAGAUGGACCGUCUGAUGGCGGUGGUGCACAACCCGCGCCAGUUCAAGGUGCCCGACUGGUUCCUCAACAGGAAGAAGGACUACAAGGACGGCAGGUUCUCCCAGGUCGUCUCCAACGCCGUUGACAUGAAGCUCAGGGAUGACCUUGAGAGGCUCAAGAAGAUCAGGAACCAUCGUGGUCUGCGUCACUACUGGGGCGUGCGUGUCCGUGGUCAGCACACCAAGACUACCGGUAGGAGAGGAAAGACUGUUGGUGUCUCCAAGAAGCGAUAAGCUGCUUCACAAAGAUGCUGCAUAUAGCUUUGCGAAAACGCCGAACGGCGGACGAGCACUCUGUGGACCAUGUCAGCGCCGUCCGUUUUCUAUAUUGAUCAGAUCCCUCCCGGUAUUUACGGGCGCUGUCCCCUGUAGAUGCUCACCCACGCUUGUAUCCCGGCUGCCAGCGCUAGCUUUACCUGUCAUUUAAGAACAGGGCGUUAGUCCAGUGUGCUGUACAGAUUAUGAUACUAGCAACAGUCUUUUACGGUCACUAAACCAAUAGUAAUCACAUGCAGAUGGAUUUUAAUUAGUUUA